GUUGAAGGAACCUACUGGGUGACUAAUUACAAAGGCUGGGCCUGAGCGUCAGAGGCCACUUGUUAAACACUUCAUUAAGUGGCAACCUGAAAGCUGCCACCUAUGCAUUCUGGGAGCUCAGAGGGUACCCGGAGAGGGAGUGAGGACCAGGGGUUGGGAUGAUUUUCAGGUAGACUCAGGAAGAAGCCUGGAUCUCACUUCCAAGUAGAGGCUGACACUCACAGGUCAGAGGCUUCAAUGGGAGAAGAGUCAAAGGAAGAAGGGUGUGGGGGAAGCAUCUUAGGGAGUUGGUAGCUGUGUGAUCUUGAGCAAAUUUCACCCCUCUCUGGCACUUAGUGUUCCCAUCUCUGUGGACCUGUGUACGUAGACAGAUACCAAGGGAAUGAAGUGAGAUCGGGGAUGUGAAAGUGCUGGGGAAACUAAAAUUCUAUGGAAAUGAGCUAUCUAACCUGAGCCAAGGAGGAACCACAUCCUCCUACUCCUGGCUCACGGGGCUCUUCCUAGAGUGAAGUAGCAGGUAGCUGAGGCCAUUCUUAGCCCUAGAAAGAUGCUGGGAAGGAGGAUCCGAUUCGGGAAUCCGGGCCACUUCCUAAUGUGGGCACUCUUGCAUUGCAACCCCGAACAGCAGGAGGCAGCCUGGAGCCCCCAUAGGUGCCUGCCCAGGUGGGGCCCACACCUGCAUUUCUCCUGCUGACUGUCCUGAUGACUCACUGACACAUCCCAGCCCUUUUACCUUUAAGGAAGAGCCGGAAAGGGUGUGGGCAGAAAUGGAGAAGGAGGCAGGUCCUGCACCCCAGUCCCGCCCCUGCUCCUCCCCACCCUACCCUGGGCCAGGCCACCCAGCCAAAAGGCAGACCGAGAGUCGGAGAGGCACAGAGUCCAGCAUUGGUCCCAAGGCAGCCAGUUAACCCGCCGCCAGUCUGUCUGUCCCCAGAGCCAUGGAGAGAGCCAGUCUGAUCCAGAAGGCUAAGCUGGCAGAGCAGGCCGAACGCUAUGAGGACAUGGCAGCCUUCAUGAAGGGCGCGGUGGAAAAGGGUGAGGAGCUCUCCUGUGAAGAGAGAAACCUGCUCUCUGUGGCCUACAAGAACGUGGUGGGCGGCCAGAGGGCUGCCUGGAGGGUCCUGUCCAGCAUUGAGCAGAAGGGCACGGAGGAAGGCUCUGAAGAGAAGGGCCCCGAGGUUCGGGAGUACCGGGAGAAGGUGGAGACCGAGCUCCGGGGCGUGUGCGACACCGUACUGGGCCUGCUGGACUCCCACCUUAUCAAGGAGGCCGGGGACGCCGAGAGCCGGGUUUUCUACCUGAAGAUGAAGGGUGACUACUACCGCUACCUGGCCGAGGUGGCCACUGGUGACGAUAAGAAACGCAUCAUCGACUCUGCCCGGUCAGCCUACCAAGAGGCCAUGGACAUCAGCAAGAAGGAAAUGCCGCCCACCAACCCCAUCCGCCUGGGCCUGGCCCUGAACUUUUCCGUCUUCCACUAUGAGAUUGCCAACAGCCCCGAGGAAGCCAUCACUCUGGCCAAGACCACUUUUGACGAAGCCAUGGCUGACCUGCACACCCUCAGCGAGGACUCCUACAAAGACAGCACCCUCAUCAUGCAGCUGCUGCGAGACAACUUGACCCUCUGGACAGCCGACAACGCCGGGGAAGAGGGUGUGGAGGCUCCCGAGGAGCCCCAGAGCUGAGCCUGCCUGCCACCUACCUGCAGCCCUGUCCUCCAGUCCCCGGCCCUCCAAAAGGACUAGUAUGGGGUGGGAGGCCCUGCCCUUCCAAACCCUUUCCAGUGCUCUGCCCCGACUCAGAAAGCCUUGGAGGGAGCAGUGGAGCGGAGCCCGCCGUGGGCUGGGGAUCCCACUCUUCAUGCAGCUGUCAGGUGCUUCUAACCGCUGGUGGUCCCACCCACCCCUGCUCUCUGCACCCUUUUCCCUCCCGACUCCACCCCUGACUGGGCUACCCGACCCGCGCUGUCUCUUAGGAAUUGAGGAGUGUCCCACCCACCCCUGGCUGAGAAUGGACUGUGUGGCAGAGGCCAGAGAUGAGAGGAGAGAGAGUGUGUGACUGUGUGUGAGAUGGAGAGCGAGAGCGAGAGCGAGAGCGAGAGAGCGAGCGAGAGAGCGAGAGCGAGAGAGAGAAAGAAAGAGAAAGCAUGUCUGCUGGGUGUGACCUUGUUUCCUCUCAAUAAAGUUCC